AUGUGGCUCGAGAAGGAGAACAAGCGCCCCGGCGAGGCGCUGGGGGACAUGGCCGCGCCCUACAAGCGGCAACGCGCCGCCCUGUGUGUCCCUGCACAGCAGCAGCAGACGCGCCGCGCCGAGGCCGGCGCUGGCUGCCUCGCGCCCGGAAACGACGUCAACGACGUCGAGAUGCGCGCCUGCGCGCCCAUUCUGCGCGAACCCACCUCCUCGAACUGGCCAUGCACCAGUAACGUGCACGGGUGGCUGGUCGGGCGCGUGAGCCUCACGCCGGAGACCAUCGCGGCGAUCGUCCGGCUCAGCGAGAUAUGGGGCCUCACCGUCAUCGGGCGCGGCGUCAAGCUGCGGGGGGUGCAGCUGCGGGGCGCGCCGCCGGGGAUGUUCCAGGGCCCCGGGUUCUGCGUGGACCUUUACUGCGACGCGGGCAACGCAGUGCCGCUGGUGCGGUCGGGGCUCCCAGCGGCGUCCGUGGUGGCGCAGUGA